AUGACAAGCAACGUGGCGAAGAAAAGCGCCAAGCCGCCCUCGAAAGCAAAGUCUGCAAGGUCGUCGCCUUCGCUGCUCAAGGUAGUGGUGCGACGUCUUCCCCACCAGAUGAAGGAGGAGGAGUUCGUCGAGGCCCUGGCAGCGGCGGCCUCUGACGCGGGGAUGGGGGAGCGGGGGGGCUCGUGGGACCUCAUGUACUUCACGCCGGGCAAGAUGAGCAAGAAGAGAGGAAGGGUGACGGGGACGGCGUACCUCCACAUCGACCGCGAGCGGGGGGCCAACGCUGACUUGAGCCUGUCCAAGCUGCGCGCCGCGGUUUCGGCCUCCGACGCCUUGACGCCGGCCGCGGAGCCUGCGUCUUCCUCAUCGAAGGAGGGAAGCGGCGGCAAGCAGAGCGGGGGUGGCGUCGCGUCGACGACGGCGACCGCGGGACCGACGGUUGAGGCCGCCCCGUUUCAGAAGCUCUUCAAGCAGAAGCCCAAGCGGGACGUUCGCGUGGGCACGAUCGAGAAGGACGCGAGCUACAAGGCCUUCUGCGCCGCGCUGCAGUCGCCGGCGCAGCCGCUGCCGAGCGCGGACGUCCAGGCCGACAUCAGGGAGUCCGAGGGAAAGGAGGAGCCCAAGCCGCAGAACGCUCUCCUCGACUUCCUGCGCGAGAGGGGCGCGAGGAGGGUCAGGGAUAGCCAGCGGGCGGCGGCGCUCGGCUCCUCCGCGAGUCGCGGUAGCGGCGGCGGCGGCGGCGGCGGGAGUAGCAGCCGGAGGACUACGGGGGGAGGUGCGACGGGGUCGGCGACGGCGACGAGGGCGGCGGCAAGGUCCACAUCGGCAACGACGGCGAAAACAUCAUCGGCUAAGAAUGCGUCAUCGUCUUCUUCGCGGCCCCAGCCACCACCGCCGCCACCGGCCGCCGCUCCGCGAGGAAGUCAAAAAGCAGCAACAACAACAACAACAACAACCGGGUCGGCGGGGGGAGUCAGUGUGAUGUCGGCGUCGUACAGGGCGGCGAAGGCGGCGGCGGCGGAGGCGGCGGCGGCCAAGGCGACCAAGGCGGCGCCAACGGCGGCGUCGACGCCGGCCACCAAACAACAGGCUCCGUCGGCAGCAUCAAAGAGCCGUUCUGGCUCCGCGAGGGGCGGCGGCAGCAAAACGGCGGGGAAAAGCAGCGCGUCGGCCGGGCCACCAACACCGCGCAUACUGUCAAGGGCGAAGGAGUCGGUGACGAAAGGUCAACCUCCGGCGGCAGCGGCGGCGGCGACAGCGGCAGCCUCGACUUCCUCGGCUCAGGGUUCGACAGGAACUACCAACCCACCCUCACGAAGCGGGGGCGGCAGCGGCGGCGUCGACAGCGGGAGACGAGCGGGAGGAGGCAGCGGAAAAGGGCGAGCUGGUGGAAAGUCUUCGUCUAGCAGCCAUAGGUCGAAGAAAUAG